UGUGUGAGUAAGGAGAGAGAGGGGUGAAGGGGGACUGAUUGCCUGAAGCAGAGCAGUCGCACCCCAUAAACUGUAACAGUCGAUCUUGUGCCAUGCUGCCGUUGGUCAUUCUAGGUUUUGGCGUUGCCUUUUCGUUGGGACAGAAUGACACGGGGCCUCUUGUUUUGGAGGGAAAGUGUCUGGUGGUUUGUGAUGCGAACCCGUCUGCAGAGAGAGCGUUCACCUCUUCGUUCGGGAUAUCUGUCCAGGCAGGCGAUGCUAAAGUGGCUUUCUCUGCGCUCAGAGGAACCAACCACGAACCUUCUGAUAUGAGCAAUACGUCUCUGACCAUCUACUUUGAUCAGUUAUUAGUAAACAUUGGCAACCAUUUUGAUCUGCAAGCAAGUGUAUUUCAAGCACCAAGAAGAGGCAUUUACAGUUUCAGCUUCCAUGUGGUGAAGGUUUACAACCGGCAGACUAUACAGGUGAACUUGAUGCACAACGAAUACCCUAUCAUAUCAGCUUUCGCCGGGGACCAGGAUGUCACUCGAGAGGCUGCGAGCAAUUCAGUUCUUCUGCAAAUGGAACGGGAGGACAAACUCUACUUAAAGCUUGAGCGGGGAAAUCUAAUGGGUGGAUGGAGGUACUCCACGUUUUCUGGAUUCUUGGUUUUUCCACUCUAAGUCUCAAAUCAAGUGAUCCUUAUUUUAUUCAAGGACGUUGGCCACCCUCCUUUGGACUUUAAUUAUGAAGAAAUGUAUAACUGACUGAGAAAAAGUAGGCUAUUUUGGUGAUUUAUGAUGAAAUUAUUCUGUGCUAUAAUGUUGGGAUUUGUAUUGCUGAAUGUGACUGAUUGUUGGUAUGAUAUUAUAUAAACUAGUUCAAUAUUAUAGUAACCUGUUCACGCGAAUGUCAGUUGCACUCAUUCAGUGGCUAUCCAAGGUCCUGAAUCCGCAAACACAGAUCUACUCGGUAGCUGUCAGUGGUGCUGAAAUCACAAAGCAUCGAGCCAACAGGUGGCGAUUGAAUGUUGGCUCUGGUAUCAACGUUGUUGCAGUAGUGUAAUUGAAAUACUGUAAUAAUAAAAACUAUUUCCUCCUCAUGCUGGCAAUUGGACCUAUUCUGCGCAUUGAGAUUAUGUACUGAACAGUUUAACCUCUAAAUAAAGACGACUGACUAGAA